CUUUGUAAAUCAGCACAUGGCUUCCUUAUUCAAAGCCAGAGCAGCUCUGAGAUUGCAUGAAAAAAAGUGAUCGCAGCAGGUUUAUGGAGAGGUAAUAAUCUCAGGCAGUAAAUCAGGGCAGUUAAGCUCCCACAAAACCAGAAAAGCUCAGUUUUCCCAGGACUCAGCUGGACAGCCUGAGAGCUGAGACCAACCAGACAAGGAGAGGAGGAAACUAGCAGAUUCUGUGGAAAUGGGGCCGGUAAAGAACCUCAUCAAGAGAAGGGAGACGAUCACAGCUUUACCUCUCUACUACGCUGGAAACCUGCUUAAGAAAGGAUCUAAAGAGAAGGACUUCAAGAGUUUUUAUGGGGAGCUCAGAGGAUCAACGCUGUUCCUUUAUAACAAUGACACACAAGAAACGUACACGGAAAGGCUAGACCUGGAGCUGCUGAAGUCCUUGGAGCUGGAGAGUCCUUACAAAAAGACAACACCUACCAUCAUCACCUUAAGUUUGCCCAAAGAGGAGGUGCAGUUAAAGAUGGACAAUGCUGACACAGGAGAGGAAUGGAGAGGCUACAUUUUGACAGUGGUUAAUAAAGAGAUUCCCAAAAACCUUCAGAUGCUUCCUGGUCAGAAAAUAAGGCUAGAGGAGACGCUUUCUGAGGAAAAGAAAAGAGCAACCAAGCUGGAUCGCCCUGCUCUUCCACCUCGCCCCAGCUUCAUGCAGGCCAAAAGCACUUCAGAACCCAAAACCCCUGCCUGUUUCUUCGACGUGACUCGACAGGAAGCUGAGAAGAUGCUUGAUUCCAACCCAGAGAAUGGGAACAUCAUUCUCCGCCCAUCCACCAUGCCCAAAAACUACGCCCUGACGCUCAGACAGCCUACGCCACGUGGGCCCGUCUUCAAGAACUACAGGGUGACCUCAACCAGCUCUGGCUAUGUGAUUGAACUGGAUAAUCCAAUGACGGUCUCCUCACUGGAAGACGUAUUAAAGUACUUCCUGGAGAAGACAGAGUACCGUCUCCGUCCCUAUGUUGCAUCUCAGCCCUACGACGUUCGGAUCGAUGUAUCCCCUCCCCCAAAGUGUAUGAGCAUCCCUCCACCUGUAGUCCCCAAAGCCCAGGUGGCACCCAUGCUCCGUGGCCAGACCAAAGACAAGCUUCUUCCUCCUACACCCAAGGAAGAGGAGGAAUUGUAUGUGUACCCAGAUGAUUCUCCGCCAGUUAAUCAAAUGUCAAAGAAAGCUCAGAUGAAUGAUGAGCUUCAGUCAAUUUUAAAAAAGAGAAAAGAAAACCUCUACACGGAGACUGGAAGAGACGACGAAUCCACCUACAAGAAUGAAACCUGUGACAGAAACGGCAGAAAGAUCCAGUGGUUUAAAUAAAGUUAAACUUUCGCAUCCUGAUCGAGUUUCAAAAUUAAGGGCCGGGAAUCAAACCCUGGUCAACUGCUCGGAAGGCAGCUAUGCUAACUACUAUACCACCAACCUACCCAGGAACUCUGUGAUGAGAAGAACCUUACAGAGCAAUAGAAAAGGUGAUUAAGCUUGUAUUUAUCUCACACUCAGCUUUGUUAACAAAUAUUUAAAUUAUAAGAUUUCUGAAAUAAUUGUGGAGCGAUUUGAAGCUGUAACACUGAUUGCACAGUAGGAUUGGACUGCCAUUUUCUUUGAGUAAAGUUUUCCUCCUGUUUUUGUUAUCUUAGGAAGGUAAGAUGAUUGUAAUUUCUUUCAUGUUUCUUUGAACAGGUAAGAUGAUUUAACAAAAUAUAGACUAUUUUGUUUGUUGUUUUGGCCUGAGGUCCAAUCUGAAGUCCUACAAUCGUGUUACGUGAUUUAUUUCAUUAUUAUCAGAAAGGUUAAUUCUCUGAGUUUUACAUUUUACAAAUUAGUGGAGGAUAUUUGAAAAUGUUAAUAAUUGCAGAUAAGGGAGAAGAAAAACCAAGAGGCAAUGGGACAUUACUGCAACAUCAAAAGUUAUGUCAUAAGGGAAUUCUACCAAUGAGCUUCCACAUAUGUACUUUUUAAUUUCACUUUGCACCACCAAGACCGCAUACUAUUGUGUAGUAUUAUAUAAGGUAUUAUGAGGAAUUUGCUGGCUAGGAUUUUCAGUUUAGAAAGCUGCUUAAAUAUCAGUUUUGGUUUAAAAUGUGUUUAUUAUUGUAAAAAUGUCUAAUUAUUUUGUACAAUGUUUAAAGAAAAACAUAAAACAGCAAACAUGUAAAAUAUUUUAAUGAAAGUUGAAAACACAGAGACCAUAAUCCAGGAUGAUCUUCAUUCUUUAUUUUUCAUACUUAUGAGUAGUCCAACAUAAAGAUUUUAAAGUUGUUGUUUUUACACUGAAUUAUGUUUUAGUGUUUUAGUGUCUUCAUUAGUUUAGUGGAUCAUAUAAGCUUAAGGAUCAAUCAUCACUCAAAGAACAGCAAGACUGUGAAAAAUAUUCAAUAAAAAAAAGAAAACGC